AAUAAGAAAGUACUGCUACAAUUUAUAAUUAAAUUAAUUCAUUACCCACGACCUUAAAGCGGCUACGAUCCGAUUUCCGUAUCGAUUGCUGCCGCAGAAACAAACGAGAGUCUCGACGUUUCUCCGCUUCUAACCUCACGCAAAAUACAGGAAGUUGAAUUGUUUGUGAAGCAGAGACCCUCGGUGAAAUUUUCAAUUUCAUCCUGUUAUCCUUUCGUUUUACGUGCGCGGGAACUGUUACGAGGGCAAACAAAUUCGCUACUCGAGGCAUACGUUCGAGAAUGAGUCCCUUGACAGAUGAUCUAACAUGUCGCCGGCUGCCUGGCACCUCCUGAUCCUCUGGAUGACACACGUCUCUUGUCCCAGAAUGAGUACAGCGCACUUCCCCUACGUGUCGCAAUUCGAGUACGUUUCGCGGCUCCAUCCCUCCAGGAACCCCUUUUGCCAGUCGCGAUUCCCUGGUGAACGGCAAACCCGCGACGACUCCAGCGAUUGGAGUCGACCAGCAAUAGAGGUCAAGGCGAUGCUGUCUCCUUGCUCGAAAGUCGGCGAGGAAACUCGCGAAGAGGGACAGGAUCGAGGAUCGAUCAGGAAUUGCUCGCGGAAAAUUGUUAUCAGUAUGAAGUUCAACAAUGUUGGGAAGACCGAAAUCCAAGAAAAAUUUGUGAUAAUCGAUCACGUGGUGAAUCCAGUCACCGCGAAAAAAGUCCGUCUGAAGAAUCCGUACGUCAUCAAAGUUCGUCAGGAGCCAGUGUUGCAAAUGUACGGUUUAAAAUUUCAGAGUGAUCUCCACGCUUCCAAGAAGCACGUAUCCAAUAAGAAGGGCACAUCUUCCUGGAGUGAGAAGGUGCCAGAGUUACGAAAGAAGGGAUGCCCCGAAUGUCGCCAGCCAGACUCCCUCCGCGACGAUAAAGGCCCCCCAGCGAAAUCGACCAAGAAGAGGAACAAAGGGCCAAUCGGCUCUCUCGCGAUUCGACCGGCUAUGCAUUUAAACGAGCCUUUAAAAAAUUUGUCGACAGGUGUAUUGUACGGCGACGGAUCUCCGCUCCUGGCGGGCCAGAGGGGCGGCACGGGGGUAGCCGGAGGAGGUAAUUUGAAUAGCGUAAUGGAAAGAACGUCCUCGCAGCCGGAUAUUAUAGUCGAGAGUUUUAACGAGAAACACGAGGCAGAGGGGCCUGGAUAUUUUCAAUCGAAGGGUAACGAGGGCAGCAGAAGGUUGACUUCCGGUUUGGCGGGUGAGGGGAAGAUGCCGUCGGAAGAGAAGGUGUCGAUGCAGAGGGUGGUGAUCAAGGAGAUCGUCGAAAACUACACGCCGCAGAAGAGGACCUUGAAGGACUUGUCUUUUAGGAAGUCUGAAAGCUCUCGGAGACAGGGGGUGAAUAAGAUCCGUAGGAGGAGACAUUUCGGGCACCCUCAUAGACAAAUUACAGGAGAGAAGGGUUUAAGGUCUAUCCAGAGUAAGUGGAGAAGACGGGGGCGGUCGAAGAGGAGCAGGAAAGUUGAAGACGGAGCGUCCUUGUUCGAGGAUACUGGACGCAACGUCAGGGUGUAUCUUGACGAUUCCAGACACCAGUUCCACGCAACCACCCCGUCGAUGUCAGAGUCCAUGCGUCGUCUGGCCAAGGAAACACCCGAAACCGUUCAGGAGCCUGGGAACGGCAAUAAAAAUCGGUAUUCGGUUCCGGGGAAAGAGUCCAGCUCGCAGGACAGCGUGGAUGAACAAAUCGAAGAUAAAUUCAGCCGCAUAAGCGACGCUCUGAAGGAGGCCGCGAUGGAGCCAAACGCGAUACCGAAAGAGACGUUACAGGAAACGACGGGUAAAAUCGACGAGAAUUUCCACGACGCUCCAGAGUCACGGAAUACAUUUAACGAACCAAGCAACGUCUCUUCGCGUCGACGAAAUAACGAAGCCACCGACGAGACGAUCGAAGAGACGGAGACGGUUCUCGGCGAAAAAGCGGCGGACGAGUUUAAUGGAAAAGUUCCACGGCACCGUGUCGAAGGCUACGAUCGAUCGGCUGGGAAGGAAGAUGUUUAUGCUGGACCUGGACAGGAGGAACGCUUGCUCGCGAGUCAUCAAGACGAGACGUCCUCGGACAAAAACGUUCAAUUGGCGGACAAAAGUUCUACGAGCAAUUCUCAACUGGUGGGUCCCAAAGGAUCAUCGACGAUUUCGAGCUCCUUCGUGUCGGAGGAAGCUGCAGGUCCCGUAUUAGCUGGCUUCGACAGAGGAGACAACGUUCUGGGAAGAGAAACAAAUUCGACAACGGAAGAGUCAAGGUCCACCCAGGCUCUGAUCGUGGUGGAUGUCUUCAAGUUCGCGACUGCACCUGUGGAACAGGUCGACAUUCCUCCAGGGGAGGACCUGAAGUUCCUGGAUCGACCCAAGGUUGAAGGUUCGAAGGAAGCUGCUGAGAAGCCCAUGGCACAGGCUCCAGACUUUUGGCCAAUUCACAGGACCCCCACGGUGACUGAUAUCACCACUACAUACUUGACAGAGACCACCGCGAAUGCAACGAUCACAGAAAACAUCACGACUUCAACAACCGUACAAACGACCCUGAUCACCGACCAGACCUUUCGACAGUCGAUCGAGUCCUUUAAAGACACUAUCAAGCAGACACCUUCUUCUUUCGAGUUUCACAACGAGGUCGUCAUUGACGAAACAACUUUUCCUGACGAGACCCCUGCUCCUACAACCGUUUUCACAACUGUUGUGCCUCGAGAAAAAUUGCCGGGUUUCGAGCCAAACUCUGCCAAUACGAUGACGACGAGGAGGAAGAGCAAAAUUUCCAUGGGGUUUCCUGGCAGGAGAAGGAGACGAACAACUCCUUCGACCAUGAAGAGGGUUCAGGGACUACGGGCUCUCAGGGAAGGCAGGAGCUUGCAUGAAGGAAAGGGGGACUCUCGACCAGAAUCGCCCGUGCAAAUUUCUCUCGAAUCAGGAAACGUGAACCUCCUGAAGCAGAAGAUGGGCGCGACAAACAGUCUCCUCCACGAACACCGAAACUACAUGAAGUUGAAAAUAAACAAUCACCUCGAAAACCCUCAAUUUCCCCCUGAAACUCGUGGAUCCCGUAAAAGACACCGACAAGACGACUCAGAGUCUCAGAAAGAAGACCAGAAUCGAGGUCUCGACCUCUUCGAGAGUGAACUUGACUCCCCCGACAGCAAACGAAUAGGCUACCUCAAGUGGGCGCACCACCCUUGGCACGUCACAACAGAAACAUCAGAAUUCACCGUCGAGGAAAAUUCAGAUCACACCACCAAGGUCCAUCAUCGACCCAGAGGAAGUCCCUUCGGCCAGGGCCCAAGGGAAGUCACAGGAAGGAUCCUGCUACCUUGCAAGAAAAACGAAGAUCGACUUCAGGAUUACAGGGCCAACGUCUGCGACACGAAAGUGAAUCGAAGAGGCAGACGAUUGUUGUCCCUUGAGGGAUCGAAGGGAGUUAAACGCACCUCCAAGGACAGGAAGAAGAUCAACGAGGACGAGAAGGAUUUCGUCAAGGAUGGCCAGGACGUCGACGAUGAGGAGGAAGCGCCUAAGGGUCGCAAGAGGAUGAAGUCGAUUCACGAGAAGACUCAGAAAAGGGACGCUAGUAGGUCUGCUCAGAAACGAAAGAAGGAUAACAGUCGAAGCAAGAAGCAGUCCUUGGAACAGGGCUCGGAGGACUACGAUUACGGCAUGCCACAGCAACAGGAGAAUGGCGACGGUAACACGUUCCUGGAGGAGAGACAGACCGAUGAUGAUGAUCCUGACGAGGUCCUUGGAAAUUAUGACGCUGGGCCUCCUGAAGACGACGGAAACGAGGACUCGAAGAUCUCGCAGGACUCCCAGGAUGCGGAUUUCGAUCAACUAGCAGAGAAGCUGAAGAUCGAGAGCGAGGCUCAGGCGAUCAGCGCCCUCCAAAGUCCAGAUGAGGAGUUUGGCAAGGACUUCGACAUCUCUCUCACAGGUAAAAUCCACCUGGUGAGCGACCAGAACGGGCAACCUCUUUCCAUCAGCUUCAAUGCUGUCCCAGGGCUGUUAAAAAAAGAAGACACCCUCGUCAAUGAAAAACCCAUCUACAAUGAUCGAUUUCCACCGGAGUCGGGAAGUUCCCUCAUGGACACAGACACGCUCGUGUCCUCUGGAGUGGACGAUGCUAAUUUCCCACCAGGCGUUCUCCAUCUCCAGCCUUCGUUGAACGCUCCCCUGGAUCUCUUCAGGGAUAGCUCUAGCUUAAACGAACGCUUUCCGAUUCGACCUGGGCCCCGCAUCGUCGAUAAGUAUAGCAACGAACUGGAGAAUCGUCGAAGGAGGCUGCUCCGUUUGCAGAAGAAGUCCAUUGGGAAUGGCGAUGGUAUUCCUUCCAAAGAAGAAACAAGUUCGCAUGGGGACUUACCCGCGGCCAACGGACCGUAUGGUCGCUUCGAUGGAAAUCUGAAGCGUCUCGAGGAGGACUCCGCGCUCUCGGAUCUCCAGCGAGAUAGCGAUCUCGCUCUAGAGGAAACGGAAGCUGAGGACGUCGAGGAAUCGCCCGAUAUCGAUCUAGGGGUGUCUUCGAACUUGGAAAAUCAGCUUGGAAACUUAGCUCCCGUGCCUUCUAGGGAGGACUCGAAGAAAACAGCGAGUGAAGUAUUACUGGAUCUCCCACAGGUUUCGAUAGACCUCUCCAACUACCCAGACAUCUCCCUGGCCAACCAAGAUGUCGAUGAUCGAAGUAAUGUUACGAUAGGGGAAGGUCCUGGCCUCGAAGAGAAAAAUUCGAGCCAGUGUUUCGCCAUGAACACCACCGUGGUGAAGAUGGACUUGCCGGAGACGACGACCACCAUAGGUAGCAAAAUGGCUGCUCUGGCGAACACUGACUUCCCAAGCUACCAGACUACAUAUGUAGGUUCUAACAUCACUCAGAAAACAGUUCAGGACCAGUUCGAUUACUCCACGACGACCGCGAGGUAUCAGGAGGUGUUUCGAGAGACGACCUUGCGUGCCAAAGCGUUUCAAUUCUCGACGAACGUGUCCGAGAGCAGAGAUAACGCUAGCAAGGAUGAGAGCAAGGAGUCGAUAGAGAAGAAGGAUAUGUUGGCGGUGUCCGAGUUCGUGAAGAAGUUGGAGCAGCUCGUGGACGACGCUCGGAACUCCAGCAACGAGACGGGACACACUUUGAUACACUUGAAAAAGUUCAUCAUCGUUCCAGAUAAUCGGACGCUGUGGACCGUGAAGGAGCUCGUGGAGCCUGGAAAACUCGAGCAAUUGCCAGCCGAGGACGAAGUGGUCCUGAUGGGGGAGGAAGAGAAAGACUCUAUGGACAACAAAGAAACGUUGAACGUAGGGGAUGAAAUGGAUCGCGGGACGAAGGUAGACAAUUCGGAUUUGAUCAAGGAGAUAAUCAGCUCUGUGAUAAGAGGAGAUAACUUGAAGCGCGACGUGUCGUCUGCGAACUCUGAAGAAUCGAAAUCUGGGGAAGUCGAGGAGUGGAGCGAUUGGAGAGGGCAACAGAGACAAAAGGACUCUGACGGCAGGCCUGAUCGAGAGGAAGGAUCGAAUGGCAGAUACACAGAUGACCAAACCCUCGAAUCGAGACUCGAGAACGCGAAAGAGUCCUCGAAGAAAGUCAAGGACUCCUGUAUGGAAAGUAAACUCGGCUCGAAGGAGAAGAGGGAAGCGCCCAAGAGGAACGCCAAUUUGAAGAAUCACAGAGACGGAAAUGCAAAUUCUGGGAAGAGGAAAGCGCCGAGACACGCGAAAAAGAUGGGCUGGAGGAAAGGGAAGCGGAAGAUGAAGAAACGAAAAUGGGGAAACCGCAAGAAGUCGAAAAAGAAGAGCAAGAGCGCGUGGCCCUUCAAGAGGAACCUACUUAUGCUCGCCGAGAAGCAACAAGUUCCCGCAUCCAGCGAACGUUAUGACGCCGAACGGAAGAUAAAUGAUAAACAUUCACCGUACGAGGGAACCAGGAAGAAGAUGCGAUCUCGGAAGAAUUCGGAACGAGAAGAACCGAAGGAGCCGCAAAUUCGGGGUGGUCAGGAUUGCGCGGAUCGCAGACAUUCCCAAAACGAAGAACUAGUUGGAUACUUGGAGUCCGCCCACUGUCUACGCUUCAGUGAUUUAUGGUACUCCGUGUACCAAUUAGAGGAUCCUGUAAUCGAUCAUACAGUCCACCUUCAGAUCUACGAAAAGCUCACCUCGUCCGAUGGAUCAGUUUCAUGGAAAGAUCUGACGAAGGGCUCCUCGAUAAGAUUGGGCACUUCGGAUAGACACUAUAGAAACGAGGAGGAUACGAUGGCCCUGGAGUACAGUCAUGUAAGAUUCAGACCUGACGACGAAUACAAUUUGGAUCCUCGUAAAGAUCGCUUGCUGGUGCCGUCGACGCUCACUGGGGAGAGAUACAAGUACCCCGAAGACGAAGGAUGGUCCGGCGAGUACCUAGUGGUGCAGGCAGACGAGAUCAACGAGAAUGCAAAUGAGUGCGACAAAGCCGGUGUGGGAUUCACGGCAUUCGUCGGACAACCGGAUCGGUGCGAACGGGUCAGAGGGACCUGUUUGAAAAAUCAGCCCCUGGCCUAUUGGAGACACGACACGGAAGCACGGGCGACCGGGCGGGCUGGUUGCUACUUCUUGAGCAAUUUCGCCUGGGUGCCGAGCGAGGCCAUCAAGUACAACGUGAACGGAACCGGAAGCCGCGAGUUCCUCGCACUGGAGUACCAUUCGCCGCACGUGUCUGUGAUCGACGUCGAACUCAGGGCCGACAACAAUGCCCUCCUCAGAGCAGGCUCGUCUGGGCAGCUCAGCGAGGUGCACGCCGAUAAUAGGGCAAUUGAUUACACGGUGAUUACGGCGGUGAUUACCAACAAAGGUUCAUCUUUGUCCUUUUAUCGAGCGCGGAUUACGGACUGUCCCCGGGGACUUCCGGUAUCGUGGCUGAACGCCGAGACACCGACGAAGAUAAUUCCGCCCCGUAGCGAUCGCGAAAUAACUCUGGAUCUCGACGGAAGGCUCCCGUUGAACGAAUUCUCGUGCUCUGUGGAGCUGGUGAAUCGCGACGGAGAACCGGUAGCCAGAAGGCAAAUAAAAGUACGGAAAACGGAUCGUUGCUCCUGCGUGCGGCAUUGCGCGUGUUCGUGCGUGGCCAACGCCCAGGGAACCGCUUGCGAGCCGAUAUCGUUGGAGAAUUAUCACGCAGCUGGUUUUCGAGGAACUGUACCCAAGUCGGAGGUCCAUUCUUUCAUUUGGUGGAGCCCGGUUGCAAUUCUAUGCCUGGUCUGGACUGCUUUGCUGUUGACAAUGCUCCUCAUGGGGAUCUCGAAGUGGCUGAUCGGUCUCUGCGUGCCAGCAAUAGGUCGCUGGGGAUUGGACGCCAUACUUGCAGCAGACAAAAUGAGGAAAUACUACGAGAAGGACCUGAAAUCGAGAUCCGUGGUCUUCGACCAGUUCGGGGCUCCCAUUCAUCCGGACACGGGUCGCAAAACAGUCAGAAUUUGUAAUAGAACACUGGAAUUCUUCCUGAACGUAAUAUUCUUCUUCGUGUACCCGUUCGCGAGUUUCCACGGACGUUGCUCGAAACCUCAGCGGCCUAACACGACUGUCAGCUCGGUGGAAUCCAAGAGCUCACUCGGGAAGGAGGAAACCUUCAGAUCCAGACGUUCAAGUCUACAGGCUCUUGUGAUCAAGGAAAAGAGUGAUCAAUCAGAGAAACAGAGUCAGUCAUAGUGUUUCCGCGUAGACACUUUUAAUUUUCUAAUAGUUCCAUGGCGCCCACCACAUGUAUCUCGAUUUCUCUGUAUUCCACAUUUUCAUUUCACCUUUCGUUCUCCGCUACCCCAUCCCUUUAACAGCGAAACAAAUUCAACCUCUGCUCCUUCAAAAUUCAUGUCUGGAUCUGAAUUUCACCACAACCCUCUAGGAAAACGUACAAACAUUCGAAAAUUUGCGUUUUCAAGACACGAGAGAGUGUCUUAAAGGUGCAGCUGGGUCUCUUCCGGUUUGUCGGGAAAUUUUCACUUCGCUCGACAGAGCUGGCCGAUCGUUGGGCGCCGGAAGGAAUCGAUAAACCCAUAGUUCCGGGUAGGUGUGCGCCAUCCUCUCGUCGCCUUUUUUUUCAGCGUCUGGGAGGCAUCUGCAUAAACGUGCAAUUUCUCGGCGACAGGUAGCCAUGGCUACCGAUUCUCGUACGUCGAAAACGCGUACGUUCCCUCCGCGUUCUCGGCACCGGACCACCAUUCCUGGCGCGAUCGUUUAUUUUCGUUCCCCAUCGCAAACUCGUAACCGGGAUUUUACAGCGCGGGACAUUGUUAUGCGAACCGACAAACCAGACGUCGGCGUCGGGUUGUUAUCCCGUCGACCCUAUUGGCUUUUAACUCCAUUCUAGCUUGGACAAUCAUAUUCCUUUAACGGCGACAACGAUACACCAGAGAGCAGUAUUUUUCUACUAUAUUAGGAUUCUUUUUUUAUUUUUUCCAUACUAAUUUUAAUGCAAGGUAAACUUAAAAAUUA